UUUAGGAAGAAACUUCAGUCAUAGUUUGGGCAUUAUUCAGCAUUAGAGAAACCAUAUGCCAGUAAGAGGUCUUUCAGUGUGGUAAAAAGGCAGAAAGUUUGUCAUCAUUGUAACCUUACCUAGGGUCAGAAUCAAUAGUGGUGGCAAAGUUAGAAUAGCUCUUCAGUAGUUUGGGCCCAGUGCCUUGAUGCAGGUUGAUUAGCUUGACAUUCUUGCAAAGUAUCUGAUGGAGUGGAGCUCCCGAUGGCCUAGUGCAUCCUUUAGAAACUUAAAAUAGCAUUAGAGCAAGUUGCUUGUCGUGGCUCGAGGCACUUAAUUUUGUUUUUUGGGUGAGUAGCUGUAGGUUUGAGAGAGGCUGCUCCUAGUUCCUCUGCUUUUUCCCAUCUCUGUGAUCUCCCAUUUAUUCCCCUGAAGGUGCACUUGUGCUCCUAAUCUGAUCUAAGAAGCUGCUUUAGAGUGCAGAGCAGCCUCUGUAUAAGACAUAUAUUUGUAUUUAGCUUUCUAAGAUGCUAGUUCUAGGGAAAUUUUUACAGACACUUAGUGUAUUUAUGCUUAAGUGCGCAUUCUAUUUUAUUCCAAUGUUCCUGCUAGUCAGUGGAAAUCCAUGUUCCCAUGCAAACUCAGAAUGCUAUAUUUUUAACAGCACUCCAGCAUUUUUCUUCAUAUAUCACCUUCACUGACUCCACUGAGUCAUUGAGCAUCCAUACGUAUCCUUCACAACCCCCAGUCCCAGUACCUGUGUCAGCAAAGGAAGUGGACGCAUUAGUGAUGGUUGUGGGAUGUUGCAGAGAAAGAGGUGAGUGGAGACUCAGCCCAGUGGCUCUUGAGCUUCGAUGGUUGUACCUUUUGGUGGCUUCUGGCUCUCCUUCCUACCUUCCCACUGUACACUGUGGUACAAGUAGGUGUUUACACUAUCCUAGUUAGGGCAUCACCUGGGAGAAAGAGGAGACAGAGGUGCUUGAGGAAGAUAGUAAAAUCCUUACAAAGAAUGUACACUUGUCCCUUUAGGCCCAUUACAGUACUGCUUUCUCAGGUUCCUAUCAGUCUGCACAAACCCCCUGACCAGAUGGUCUGUCACUCUUGUCAUUACCCUGGAUCCACCUCCUUAGAUGGCCUCAGCACCUCACUCAUCAUUCUCCAUCUGUUUCUUGCCAUUUGUUUUAUAUAUCCACAGUGACAAUCUGUCAAAUACUUCACCUUAAAAUUCCUCAUUCUUCUGAAUUCUGGUGUACUCCAUCUGUAAUCCAGCAAAGGCACAAUAUUAAACUCAUCAUCAUCAAGCACUGUAUUUCAUCUUUGAGGCUUUCACUAUACCAAGGGAUAUUAUGUUAAGUAAUGAGGCUAGUUUAAAGUAACACACCAGAACUUAGGCAUCCAAACGUGGGUUGUCCUUUAAAUUGAGCAUUCUAGUUAUUCCAGUAGUGCUGUUAUUCCAAUAGUGCUACCACUCCUCCACAUAUUUGGAACACUCCCCAAAUUCCCAUUUAAUAAACCAUACAAAGAAACUCUCUAUUACUCUUGAGUCACAUCUCAUUUUCGACCAUUUGAUUACCCACUUACUCACCAGAUUUGGAAUUGAGUAACUUAUGACUAUUUCCAAAAUUGGCUUUCAAAAUUGGAAUUGAUUCCAUUAAUACUAUUCAGAAGAAUAUGACCUACAUUCUGAUGAAAACUCCAAGAGAAGUUACUCAGCUUCACCCUGUGGCUAUCCUCAACAGGGACCACACUCAUUAAUCACGUUAUUUUAUGAUUGCUAUUUUUAAAAAUCAGUCAUAAAAUCGUACAUCAUAGAGGUCCACCUUUUGGAUCAUAAAUUCCUUCCCUGUAACAUCCUUUGUCUACCCACCCCCUCAUGGUCCACCUUCACCACUAAAAACAUCAAGGUUAUUACACCUAUUUCAUUGAGCCAUUGGUACCUACUUGUCAUUUGUCGUCCUGGUUUCCUUGGUUAACUUUUUCAAAAUAGUGCUUUCCAUUAUGCUUUAUUUUAUCGUCCCUUCUCUCUUUUCUUUGUGUUUUGCGGGGGGUUUUUGCCUAUAGAUUACCAUUCCUAAUUCCCUUGUAGUUGAAAUUUCAAGAAACCAGAAACUAAUAUACCUGGUUGUCUCUAGAUCCAUGCUCUCUGUUUAAGUUGUGCCUUACCAUAACUCUGUGCAAGAUACUAAUUCUGCCUGAGGCCAGUGCUGCCUAUAUACAGAUAUUACAUAGGAUGAGUACAUUGUCAGGGGGAGAAAAUGUGUGUAUGCAUGUGCUUGUACACACACACACACCCCUCUCAUAUAGCGUAGAAGAACGUUUGCCUUCUAUUUCAUUGAAAGCUCUUAGCAGAGCAACAUACUGAAAUAACUAUAGAUGUACCAGUUAACAUCUCUUUACUCAGAGUAAUGUGUAGCCAGCUUACUUAAAUCUCAGAAUUACUAUGCAUCUGGCAGAAAUUCAGAGAAAAGAAAAUAUAACCAGAAAGAUUAAUGUUAUAUUGGGAUGAAUGUGAGAAAAGACACGACUUGAAAGAACUAUCAAGGUUGAUUCAUCACACCUGUAGAAAUAACCAAGUAGUAUGAGACAGUAGAAAAAGGCUGUUGUUUCUUUGGGGCAUACGUAGAAGUCCAUUCUUGUUCUCCACUUCUUACUCAUAGCAUUAGAAUAUUGUUGGUCAGUCUAUAGGACCUUAUUUUGAGCUCCUAACUGUGAGGGACAUGCACUAAGUUCCUUUAUCCUGCAGAUUCUCUUUUUAUGCUAUUAAUCUGAAAUGCACUGUUCACCAAUACUUUCUUCUCGCAUCCUCAGCUUCUCAUUAUAGGACCUGAUAUGAUGAAGUGGUUCUUCUGUAACUCUGCUGCCAUCCAACAUAGUCCUAGGAGAGAGGCAUCUUAGGUUUCAAAGAUUUUCUCGGUUGAGCAAGGUGACAAUGCUAGAAUGUAUUGGUUGAUUCCUGUAUGGAACACUUCGCUUUGCACUUGGUUCUAAGUCUCUAGACAAUAAUAGCUGACAUUUAUUGAGCACUUACUAUGUGCCAAACCAUGUUAAGCAUUUCUCAUGCUUAUGAUAGAUAUAAUUAUUAUAUUCCCUGUUUUAUAGAUGAGAUGAGGCUUAAACAGUUGAAUGAGUUGCCCAACAUCACAUAGCUGGUAAGUGAUAGAGCUGGGAUUCUAACCUGUACAGUCUGAUUCUCGAGCCUGUGCUCCUGACCACCGUGCUACCAUAUCUCUAAUGGACACCCUAACGCUGGUCAGCCAUUUAAAAAUUAUGUAUCCCUGGUCAUAGGAGGUAUAGGGGAAGGGAAUGUGCAGUAUAGUUGUAAGUCCAUUACAAUUACUGGAAAAUUGGUUGAAAAAUGCCAUUUUGGUUUGUAAUUAUAUCAUCUUUAAGUGUUGAUACUUUUGAUGCUUUGUAGUACUAGAAAGCUAAAUUGUGCAAGUAAAACAUGUUUAAAAGGGUAACUGGGAGGAUGAAGCAAUAAUAACUUACAGUUUCAAAUACAUUUCUCUCUAAACUGCCCCAGGGAAAGUAGAAUGAUGGAGGGAAAUGAGAUAUCCAUGUACAAGGCCAGGGAGAUGGACAGUUAGGAUGACAAUAGUAUCUUCAUCUACAACAUAAAAUGUAGAAAUCCUUCAACUUCACUGCCCAUUUCCAACAACCAUUUUAUUUUUCUUCUAUCAGUCAUGAUUUUUCAAACAUGUCAUCCAUUGUUCAACCCCAUUUCCUCACUCAUCUGUUUUUAAAACUUCUCUUUACUAGUUUUUGUACUCAGUAUUCCACUGAAAUGUUUUCAUAAUCACUAGUGGAUAAAUAUUAAUACCUUUUCUGCAGCUCUUAUCCUUCUUGGUCUAUAUUUCAUACUGUUGAAGUUCCCCUGCAUCUCAGGAAUUCUCUUCUCUGGCUUGUGGGAUCCUUUUUGGUCAUAUUUCUCCAAUUUCUAGCUUUUAUUUAUUGGUCUUUUUUCUCCUUCUCUCUACUGAAAAUAAUCCCCAUGUCUUAAUUUUAUUCACUUCUUCUAUACUCAUUCUUAGUUAUCUAUUUUGAUUGUUUGCACUUACCUCCUAUAUUUCAGUAACUUAAUAUUUCCUACCUUGUGGGUCAUCUCUUAACUUGUGGACUUUUCCACAGGUCCCUACACAAUUUGGUAUUUGAAAACAGAACUCAUCUCUCUUGUCCCCAAGCUCCCAUUUUCCUUUUAAAUAAGCAUCGUUACUUAACUUCUUUACCCUGAAUAGACUCACUACUCUUCAUAUUUCUUAUCCUAGUCUUGGGUAAGUCUUUUUUUGCUCUCCACUCUCCAAAUCCAAAAUCUUGCUAAGUCAUUCAAAUUUUUAGUCAGUUUUCUCUUUGAGGUUGGAUCUUUUACAUUACUGCCAUCCUCUCAUAGCCCUCUGCAGCUCUGUAUCAUCUGAGGCCCAGGUUAUUGUAAUUCUUUCUUACCAGUUUCCUUGCUCUCAAGAUCCUCAUUUUGUAUGCUUCCAAGAUGGUCCUCCUCAAAAUCCAUUUUCAUUAGGUCUUUUUCACUCAAGAACACCUAGCACAUAAUUUCCUAUGAGAGCAGUGGUGUUCAGUGUUCUUCAUUACCUUGCCCUCCAUGCUUAAUCUGCCUCAGCCCCAUUAUUCUCCAGCAUAUUCACCUUGAUUUGUCACGUUCAAACUUCCUGUGGCCUUCCACUCUUGUCUUAUAAACCCUGCCUCUGUGCCUUUCUCAUGCUAUUCCUUUUGCUUAGAUUGCUCUUUGGCCCCAGCUCAGUUGAUCACUCCCUUCAAAGCCUUGCUUCCUUUAUAUCUUCUGAGUGAGCUCUCCCUGACUGACUUCACCUCAUACUGAGACCUCCCUUAUUCCGUGCUGCCUCAGCACUUAUCCUUUGAGUUUAUAUUGUGGUCCACGCACUUACUAAUAUGUUGCUUUGUAAUUAUUUUCUAGCACUCUGUAUUGUGGUUUCACCUUUGUAUUUAUUUCCAAAUUAAAUUGUAAGCUCCUUGAGGGCAGGAAUAAUAACUUUUACAUUUGUAUCUCUGCACCCCCUAGUGCCUAGAACAGUGCUGAGCACACAGUAGGCGUUUAAUAAAUGCUUGUCGAAUUAUUGUGUGGAUUAUUUAUGGUGUUACCUAAAGAAAUUUUUAAGCCGUUUUCAAGGAUGUACUUUUCUUACCACUUUGUGUGCAGAUGUAUUUCUGUAGUACAUCAGUAACUGCCUAUACCUAAGACUAAGACCAAAAAAUCCAACUUUAGGAGAUUAUGUGUGAAAGCUGAAAUACGAAGCUCUCCAUUUGUUUGCCCAGACUUAUUUAUUGGUUAAAAAAGAAAGAAAAUAGGAAACUCUAAAGAUUACUGUGUUAAAGUUAUCAUUGCAAAAGUGCUUGAGGAUAGGGUUUUGUAUCUGAAGUUAGACCAGUGGUUCUCAACUGGAGAAAUCUGGCAAUGUCUGGAGACAUUUUUGGUUGUACCAUCAGUGGAUGGCUGGGAUGCUACUGUCAUUUAGUGGAUAGAGGCUAAGGAUGCUGCUAAAAACUGCACACACAGGACAGCCCCCACAACAAAAAAAUUGUCUGGCUCCAUAUGUUUAAUAGUGCUGAGGUUGAGGAACCCUGGUCUGGAUAUCUAAGAAAAAGAAUAGAGAUCAAAUAUUAACAUUACAAUUACAAAAAUUAGCUAUGCCAAGCUUUAAGAGAAUCUUAAGUGUGUAUAUAUUUUGUAGUUUAUAAGAUUAUUUAAAAAAAGCUUUAAUGUUUGGAGUUCACAGCAACAUACAUGUUGGGGUGAUGGUAAACAAUAAAAUUGCUGCUGAUGAUGUUCUAAGGUUGCUUUCAGUAUCAGAUCUGCCUCAAUCCUUAUACCAAGUGGAAGGUGUCAGAGGAGUAAAGUCUAGUUUUAGUCUUCCACAUCUUGGUGCAUUAUAUAAAAUCAAAGAUAAAACACUGGGGGCUAUCUCUUUAGCAGGGGGCCUGUAAAUCAUCAAAGAUUUACCUUUGGGGACAAGACAUAACCCUCAACAGUCCCUUGGCUUUUGUAUCUGAAGUUAGACCAGUGGUUCUCAACUGGAGAAAUCUGGCAAUGUCUGGAAAAUCAGCCACUGAACAGGAUUAAUUACCAACUAUCCAAGGAAACCACAAGCCAGAAUGUUGUCAGAGUUUGUCAAGUAAAACACAUUCCCACUUAGCAAGUUUUUAACAGACUGUUAAUCCUACUUAGGAAGGCAGAUAUGUAGGGGGAGAUGUGAUUUCCUAAAUUAAAUGGCUUAAAAGAAGACCUUUCAAAAAUAUGUCUCCUUUUGUAGCUCUAUGGUACUUCCUUCAACAAGUUUAAAAAGGAUCAAUCCCAGAGUUAGAAAAUCAGUUCAAUGUGUAACACUCCAAAGAAGUAACUACAUUGCUCUGUUGUGUUUAAGUAUUCAUAGUCUGUAGAAUGCUAGGUUGGGAAGUGACUUUUGAGAUCAUUUUCCAACCUGUUCUCUAAAUAGAGGUCCAGAGAGUCCACCCAUUGCACUGGGUCACCCAUUAAGUUAGUGGUACAGGUGGAAAGAGAAUCCAGGUUUUCUGAGACUCUGCCCAUUUCUUUUUUGGCUGGGUAUGCCCUCAAGUCUGAACCUUGUUAUUGUAUGUUCUUAAUUUAUACUCUGCCAUGGGAUGGAUUCAUACUUAGUGCCUCCACCUGUAAUGUUUCAUUUUAAGAAUUACUCCUUUUAUCAGCUUGUAUGUCCGAACCAGUAUACUGUCAUCCUGCAAAAACAGAAACCAGUUUAAGAAGCAAAGUGUUUAUCAAGGAACAAAGAAUUGAGAUUUCAGGAGCACAGAUUCAGGUAGAAACCCAAAUAGAGUCCAGUCCUGCUAGGGAGGACACUCAAAGUCCGGGGUGGUAAAGCAUUUUAAUUGGAGCUGGAGGCAGACAGCUAAUCUUGGGUAAAAAUUGAAUUUUGAUUGUAUCUUCAAAAAGUUCACAAUCAGUCUUUGUGAUCAGGAUGUCUGUUCUCCUGCUGCCCUCUCAAACAAUUGCUUGUAAAACAAUUGUAGUUUUGGCCCAGUCCAAGGUUCAAGACAGCAAAGCAGUUUCUCCAGAGAGGCCAGCUCCAUUUUCAAAUAGCUCCACUGAAAUCAAUUUUGACAAUACUGACUGGUAUCUUGAGUUAAAUUCUUUCAUAAAUGAGUAGUUUGAGGGAUUUUUGCAGUAUCACAGUAAUGUUUUGAAAGCCCUGCUUUCAUGGGACUGGUCCCUAAUCCUCACGAAAGCAGAGAAUAUGCAGCAUUGGCUUUCAGAUCACUAAUAGUGAAGACCAGGACUCUUGCGGUCCCGCCUGCUGGUUUUAGGGGUCCUGUAGGGCCCACACUGGAGAUGUUGCCUUUUCCCAUAAGCAGUGUCUUUAAAUUCCAAGAUUCAAGGGUGGUCCUACCCUGGGUAAAAUCAGGAAGCAAAAAUCACUUUCGGUGAAGGGUGAGGUAGGAAAGCCAAGUCUUGCGGAUGGGCCUGGGGUAGAGGCGGUCCCAGAAGGAUCGACCAGGACCUGGGCCUGAACUCGAGAUAGCCAGCCGGGAGCGAAACCAAGCCCCGCCUGGAGAUUUCCGGGCUCCUGGGCCCGCCCCGGAAGUGCUGAGAGGGACUUCCGCCCCGUAGGGAGCGGAAGGAGCUGAUUGCUGUUCUCGGUCUAGGGCCGACUGCUCUGCGUUUGGGCGGUGGCGCGGUGGGCGUUGUUCAGCUGCAACCUCUCAGAUCCUCUCUCGCGAGGCAGGCCCGGGUGGAGUGCUGACGGGAAGCUAGUGAGGCUGCCCAUCUUGGGACCGUGAGGAUUACGGCUAAAUGCAACAUUCCUAGGAAGGGUAUUUCACGCCAUUCAGUGCUGCUGGAGUCCACAUUUGGGACUGCUUCCCUCUCGGGAUUAUAACUUUGGUCUUUACGGUCUUCAGAGUUUUGAGGCCUGACAACAACGUGGACCCCUGAUAUAUUUGGUAUCACUGCGCAUCAGACCCUCAGUUCUCCUUUCCAAACAAAAAGAAGAAACUGCAAAUGACUGGAAAUUGUUAGGGGCUCUAAGUUUAAGAGAGACUUCCUCUUCCAAUUCUUCUUGUGCCCAUUACAUUACCUUUUGAUUGCAGAAUACACGUCUUUAUUUCAGCUUGGCAAUAAUUUAUUGCUCUUCCCCUUUAGCAGUCACUUUUCCAUCCACGCCAGGGCAGAACCACUUUCCAGCAACGGUGAUGCCGUUCUCUACUGACGACCGUGUCCAGGCCCUUGGUCAGUAAUGCACAGAAGCACUGGCGGGGAGAUUCCUGUGGCGCAGGGCCACACCUGCCAUCCCAGUCUGUGAUCUGACAGCCCUUCUUAGCAAAUUAGCCCUUUAUUUGAUAUUGCUCUUUUUUCUGCCGUAACCCUCAGUAAUUAGCGUAACAACUAUGGCAGUCUUUGCUUUUUCUUUGAGUAAAAUAAUUUCUUUUACAGAAGAAAUGUUCUCGAAGAAGAGGCCCUCAAGAGGAAUCUUACUGCAUUUGGAAAGCUGCACGGCUGCAUUUUAGAGGAUCUGGUUUUGCUGGUUCCAAGGAUUCUGUUAGCAGAAAACUCGCUCUGAGCUGGCUCCAGCAGCUCGGUUGACAAUGGCUGAGAUUCCAGCUCUUGCAUGCAGUCAAGAAGUAAUCUAGCAAGAAAUGCCAGCUCUGGGAGCAGGAGAAUCACUGUCUCUCUAGCUCCUACUCCGUAAUACACCACUGAAAUAUCAAUUAUAGGGAUCCUUCCCCCUAAAGAAGAGUUGGCAUCAACUCUCGAACCACCGAGAAGGAAGCCUCCGCGAUCCUAGAGCGGCCCCCAGGUGCCCAGGGGCGGGGUUCCGCGGAAGGCGACCUCUCCAGGCCAGUGGUGGCCUGAGUCGGUCGUCAGGUUGUGUAACUGCACAUCUCCAGGCAUCAAGGCCAGAGGUAUGAACAAGGUAUUGAUUCUGAAGGGAAGAUUUUUGUAAGAAUGGACCCACACCAGAAGGUCCCCAGCAUAUAUAAUGGGGAUACUUUAGGGGAGAUUAAUGGAGAGAUUCCUGAGUAUGAAAAAGUCCCUCUGUAUGAAGACCAAUUAGAAAGGCACGAGGACGGGCCCACAGAGGAAAGACGGUAUAAAUGCAGUGAUUGUGGAAAGAAGUUUGCCCAGAGCUCAGGCCUUGUUCGUCAUCGGAGAAUCCACACUGGAGAGAAACCCUAUGAGUGUGAUCACUGUGGAAAAGCCUUCAGUGUGCGCUCAACCCUCACAGUGCAUGAAAGAAUCCACACUGGUGAGAAACCCUAUACUUGUAACGAGUGUAGGAAAGCCUUCAGUGUGCGGGCACACCUGAUUAUACAUCAGAGAAUCCACAAUGGAGAGAAACCCUACGAAUGUAUUGAAUGUGGCAAAGCAUUUAGUGUGAGCUCAGACCUUAUCAAACAUCAGAGAAUCCACUCUGGUGAGAGACCUUAUGAGUGUAAUGAGUGUGGAAAAGCUUUCAGUGUGAGCUCAGCACUCAUCAAACAUCAAAGAAUACACACAGGAGAGAAGCCGUAUGAGUGUAAGGAGUGUGGAAAGGCCUUCUAUGUGAACUCAGCCCUUAUAAAUCAUCAGAGGAUUCACUCUGGAGAAAGGCCCUAUGAGUGUGGACAAUGCAGGAAGGCAUUCAGCCAGAUCUCAACCCUUAUUCAUCACCAGAGAAUCCAUACUGGAGAGAAACCCUACGAGUGUGACGAGUGUGGGAAAGCUUUCCGUGGGAGCUCUAAUCUUGCCAAACACCAGAAAAUACAUACCAAAGGGAAGUGUCAAAAGUGAUUUAUGUGGUGAAGAUAUUCAAAGGACUUUUUUUGUAUCAGAAGUUACCACCAAAAGAAGGGUGUGGUUAAAGUUAAUGUUUUAAUUGACGCUUGGUCCCUUGAAAUAUUAAAGAAGUGAGAAGUCAGUGAAAAAUGACUCCAACAUAAUAAUGACCAACUAAAGCUCUAAAAUCACAUCUACUUCUGAGAAUGCAGUUUACAACUCAUAAGGAUGGAGGUUUGCAAACAGAGUCUUCUGGGUGGAGAACACCCUUCUGGGAUCAGCACUGAAGAGAUGCCAUAUGCCACCCCAAACCAGCACAGUUGAAUCUUAAGCAGUAACUGAUGGUGAUUCAGACCUUAAACAAGGAGUCCAUGUCAAAGCAGAGUUUUCCAGAAGUCCAGCACAGAGGAUGAUGCCUUAAGGACUAAAUGGGAACAUUCCUCAGGGGCUCCACACUGGACAAGUCCACGGGCUUCUGAAUAGUUUGCCCAAGUGAGGGAGGAGCUGCUUUGAUGAAGCACAACCUAUAUUGCCUCAAGCCAAGGAGAGUAUCACUCUGAGGGAGAGACCUAAGACACCUGGGAAAAUUCGCCCUGAAGUUCAGUCCUGUCAAUGCUCUGGGAGUGGGAAAUACUUCAUUCAGCUUGCACAUGAUUUUCAAUUUCAACUGUAAUAAAAGCAGCAGCCCCCCAAUGUAAAGUGAGUGGAAAAGUCAUUGUUCCAAAAAUAUCCCUCCCUUAUAAAACAAACCCUGACCCACCAGCAGCCCUAAAUAAACACCAGCAUAUCUAACCUGGAGGAAAGCCCAAUGAGUAUCGAGCCUGGAAAGACCUUCAAUGUAUACCUAAGUCCCAUUAAACAACAGAGGAGCCAUCCUGGAGAAGACUCCCGUGAGAGUAAAGAAUGUGGCAAAAUCUUCAGGUACUGGAAUGAUCUUGUCAGACAUCAGAGAAUCCUUGUGGAUAUCUUCAGUAUCAGAAGACUGUAUGUGAGCUCAAGUCUCAUUAAACAUAAGCAAAUUCAUUUUGGACAGGAGCCUUAUCUAUGUCAUGAAUGUGGCAAAGCAUUAAAGUUCUGUGAUAGCUUUGUUAAACAUUAGAGAAUCUGCACUGAAGAAGACCCAAGGGUGUGAAGAGUAUAGUAAAGGGUUCAUUGUGUUUCAACUCUGGUCACCAACCAAAGAACCCAUGCUGAAAAGUACCAUUGUGAAUGUGGUGAGUGGGGGAAGACCUUCAUUUGGAAGCCAGCACUUAGUAAUUACCAAAAAACCCACACUGGAAAGAAACCCCAUAAAUGUAAAAACAUAGGAAGGCCUUCACUAAAUGCUCAAUCUUAUACAUCAGAAAAUCCACACUGGAACAAAACUGUGUAUGUGUGACCACUGUGGGGAAGCUUUCAGUCAAAGUUCAGAUCUUAUCAAACAUCAGAGAGUCUUAUGAGAGAAGUCUUAUGACUGGGACACGUGUGGGAAAACCUUUUGAUGAACAACUCUCUUACCAAACAUCAGAGGAUACACAACAAAAAUGAACCUCAAUAGUCAGAUAUGUGGUAGAGGUAGUAUAGGACUUUUUCAAUAUCAAGCAUCACCAUUAAGAAAAAACCCAAUUGCAUAUAAUCACUUUAACUGGUAUUAUUUUAUGGAACUAAGGACACAUUUUAUUAGAAAGAGACUUUGUCUUGUCACUUCCUGGGCAAAGUUGAAUUAAAACAGAUCCAGAUCUCUAUGGACGUUUAACUCUCUUUGGCACGGUUUUUCAUUUUCUGUAGUGAAGGUAGAGAGUAGGGGGAAGCCUUUAUAACUAAUCAAACCUUGGAUAAUCCAAACAUUAUUUAUUACAUUUAUUGGUUUUUGUUUGGAAUUCAUGAUGCUAAUUAAAGUAGUUUUUUCUAAGAAUAAUUUUCACAUUGAUUCCUGGGACCCAACAAGUAUACCACUUCUGUGAGAUUUACUUGCUUUUACUUUUUAUAGUGUUAGUAGAUCUGGGAAAGGCUGCAAAUAAAUAUCUACGUUUGGUAAGCCAUUUCACAGAAUUUUCUGUCCGUUUGUAAAAAAAAGAAAAGAGAGAAAUGUGAGUAGGCCUAGUGAACUUGUGGUAUAUUGAACAACAGACCAUAUUUACUUUGUUUACCUUUGUGUCUCUAACAUAUAGAAUAGUGACUGACACAGAGAAGACCCUCCAACAUGCUUGUUGAAUGACUGUUUGAGGAGUUCUGUUCAUGGGUUGGUAUCAGUUCAGGCUGAAAAGGGACCUGUAAUAGUUUACCAUAAGAUCUGCCCCCUUCCUAGACCUGGUCAAUGAAUGACCUUCUAAAUAAUCCAGGCUCAAAGAAAUCACAAUGGAAACUAGAAAAUAUAUUGAAUUGUACUUCUGACAAAGAUGGAGUAACAAAGACUGAAUUUUCUCUCCCACCAUAAAAAAGCUAAAAACCUGGACAAAAUUAAUGAAUAACCAUUUUUAAGACAUUAGAAAUCAAGCGAUGUAGGAUAGCAAUCCCUGAAAGCAGGAGACAAGUGAAAUGAAUACUGUAAUUGCCCCAGCUUACUGCCAUGAGGGGAUUUUGACUGUUACACAGGGAGAGGGAACCUAGGUGGAACUGGCAGAUUAUCUGAGAUGAGGAUACAGUUGAGAGUCUGAAAAGACCAAGGUGGCUAUAGUUCACAGGGCAGAAUGAUAGAAAGUGCUGUACGGAGAACCCCAGAGACUGUAGAGUCCCUCUCCAGUCUUCAGGAGUAUGUAUCAGGGCAUCACAUGAAGAAACUA